AUGGCAUCAGAACUCUCCGCCCAGACAGUAGGCCCAGCCCUGCUACGAAUAUCACCCAUUAUCCUCUCCAGCGCCAACUUGACCUUAAUCCGCGUGUCCGAUUUCUGUAUCAGAAGCUUUAAUGCUUCCGAUGUCCCGCCCGAGUCCAUAUGGGUUGUCAUGCCAGGCUCCUGGCUACAUAUCCGCGACCGCAACUUACCGCUCAUCUUUGCUACCUACGUGCCUAACAUUAUCCCUGGAAUCCUGAACGCGCGAGGUUCCACCCUUUUCGGUAUUCUGGAUGGUGGUUCCAAAACAGGGAUGGUCGGCUGUUACUAUGGCCUACCUAUUGGGUAG